AUGCAGUUAUCCAUAGACGUUAUAAUUCGUGUAUAUGUGUAUAUAUAUUUAUUACAGGCAUUCGAUCAUGCGUCUAAUGAAGGAUCUUUAACAAAACAUCAAUAUAAAAUAGCAAUGACUGCAUUGUUUGGUUACUGUCCUAAUAAACCGGAGAUAAAUUAUGUUUUUCGCUCGUCUUCAAAUAAAAUUUCACUCAAGGAGUUCGAGUAUUGGGUAUUUAAAAAAUGUCCUAUAGGUCGAUCGACGAUUAGUUUAGAAACUAUAUUCGGUUUAAUAGACAGUGAUAAUAAAGGAUAUUUGACAAUGAUAGAUCUAUGGAAAGCUAGUGAAGUUAUUGACAUGAGAAUAUCACCAUCGGUAUGGUAUAAAACAUUUAAAGAAUUAGAUCAGUACCAAAAGGGAUAUAUUGAUCUGGCUGAGUUUAUAUACAUUUUCACUGAUAUCAAAAAUAAUAUUAAUCUUAACUAUACAUAAUAAAUGA